GUUUACCAGGACUACAACAACAGCUGAUUGGGCUUCUUUUUCGAUGCGUAGAGGACAGGAACAGCGGAUCGUCUUUGGAGAUAGUGCAGUUAUCGAACGAAUCAUUCAAGAACGUUAAAUCGUAAUCUUACAGAGAAGUUUAUCUCAACAUAAAAUGUCGCUGGAAAUCGUUUGCAGAUUGUGCCUGCAAGAUGGGCCAGAUCUGAUGUCAAUUUACGACGAGAUGAUCAGCAGUACGGGAGAAUCAUUGGAGCUGGAUAUAGCACAACUUGUUCUCCAGUAUUUGCCAAUCGAAAUCGUUAAAGUGGAAAGCAUUGCUCACCCGUCCAUUUGCAGUGACUGUCGGUUCCAAAUUGAGCAGUGGCAUCAAUUCUACACAUCGUGCCUCAGCAAUGACGAUGUCUACCAGGAACGACUCAUGGAGAAGCAAUUGGACUCAGAUUAUUUUCCGAUGCCACUGAAAGAAGAAGUAAUGGAUGAUGAUGAUGAUGAUGACGCACAGAGUAAUGCGGAACUGUAUCUGGAAGUCGAACCGGUCGACGUUGGAGUCGUCACCACGGGUGACUUUCCCGACAGUGCAAAUGCUGACCUGAAGCAUGACACAAACGACUCCAAAAUUAUCUCGCCACAGAAACUGGAAAAGUUGCCGAAAAAACGUGGUAGACCAAGACUGACGUCUACCGAACGGAAGUUGAAGCAGACAGCAAAGCGUGAUAGCUCAGGUAUCAAACCUUCGGCCAAAAAAAACUACAGAUAUACAAAAAUGUGUCCCAUUUGUGGCAUUUUCUUCUCGAACCUACCUGAACAUUUGCGGAAACAUCAAAAUGAUCGAAAGUAUCAAUGUCCGCACUGCCCCAAAACCUUCAUUGGCAGAUCCAACUAUUUCACCCACGUGAACAUGCACACCCGGGAGAAGAUGUACAAAUGCACGCAAUGUGACAAACAGUACAUCUACCCGAAAAGUCUGAAGAUGCAUCUGAUAUCGCAUGUCGGGGAACGAACGUUCGAGUGUACGAUAUGCCACAAGACCUAUCUGCAGAAGAAUUCACUGGACAGGCACAGGCGUAAUCAUUUCGAGGAACCGAAGAUCGAAUGUUCUGAAUGUGGGCAUAGGUUCUACACUAGGGGAGAUCUGAACAAGCACAUUACAAAGCAUCAAACGAUCAAAGCGUUCAGCUGUGAAAUCUGUGGCCGUCCCUUCGGUCGGAAGGAUAAUCUCAGAACCCACAUGAAGGUGCAUCAGAAAUAGACGACAGAUGCUUGCCAUGGCAUGAAUUGGAGCAUUCCUUUGUUAGUGCCUAAUUCUACAGUAACUUCAAAGUUGCACGUUGUUUUCAAUAAAUUGAAGGCGGAUCAAAUAAAUACGCAUUUUCACAA